AUGGGCGGUACCAAAUCACAUAAAAUUCCAUUUUGGGAAUUAGCCAAUGGUCUUAUAAAAAGAGGUCAUCAUAUAACUUUUGUUAGUGGCUUUCCGGCAGAUUUUCAUAUGGUGGGUCUAAAAGAGAUGACACCCAAAAGUUUGGUAAACUAUAUAAAAAAUUUUACAGACUGGGAUUUAGUGGGAGCUCGUUUGGAUAACAAGGCACCUAUACCAGCAUGGAAGGCUUUACGUUAUCCGGCUGAGUCAUGCAACAGUUUGUUGGAACCUGAUGCUGAAACCGGUGUUGCCGUGACUGAUAAAUUAUUGACACAGAAAUUCCAUUUAGCCAUUGUUGAUGGUGCAUUUCCGGAGUGUGCACUUGGUAUCAUACAUCGUUUAAGUCUACCGUUCAUGUUUAUCAAUACGGUAGGUUUCUAUACAGGAAGUCUAGCAAUUGCCGGAAAUCCAAUUGCGUAUGCUGUGACGCCUCAUGUCUUUACAGCAUUAACACAAACAAUGGAUCUCUGGCAACGAGUACAAAAUUAUGUAACACAUAUAUUGGCCGAUUUGUUACACAUGUAUUACACAAAUCAAGUACAUGAUGUACUUAUAGCACACUUUGGCUCCAGUGUGCCACAUCCAUUUACAAUCGCACAUAAUGUGUCAUUUAUUUUACAAAACGGUCAUGCCAUUGUCACAAAUCCACGACCACUUUAUCCGAAUGUAGCCGAAAUAGCAUGUAUGCAUUGUCGGCCAGCCGUUAAAUUGUCACAUGAACUGGAAGAGUUUUUUGAAGCAGCACCAGCGGGUGUAAUAUUUUUUUCAAUGGGUUCAUCAGUGAAACCGGCAAAUAUGCCCGAAAAAUUUCGUAAUUUGUUACUAAAAGUAUUUGCACGACUGUCACAAUAUCACAUUGUAUGGAAAUGGGAUGAACAUUCAUCAACAAAAACACGAACAAUAGAAUCACCAACAAUAUUGUCAAUGAGAAAUACAACAAAAUCAACACAUAUUAUAACCGAUAUACCAAAAAACGUAUAUUUGAGUGGCUGGUUGCCACAACAGGACAUAUUAGGCCAACGGAAGCUGAAAGCUUUCAUUACACAUGGCGGUUUGUUAAGCAUGUAUGAGGCCAUUUAUCAUGGAGUACCAAUGGUUAUGUUACCAGUAUUUUGUGAUCACGAUGUAAAUGCUGCCAAAGCUGAACAAGAUGGUUAUGCGAUACGUUUAUCGCUUGAAAUCAUAACCGCAGAUAAACUAUAUCAUGCGAUAUUAGCAAUUAUAAACAAUGAUAAAUAUAAAAGAGAAAUUAACGAAAAAAGACAAUUACUGUUGGAUCAAAUGAACACACCACUAGAUACGGCUGUAUUUUGGACGGAAUAUGUGUUAAGGCAUCAGGAUACAACGCACUUGCUGUCACCAGUACGGAAUAUGAGUUUCUUCAUAUACCAUUCCCUGGAUGUUAUUUCAUGUUUUUUACUGCUAGUACUUGGCAUAUUCAUAAUUUUGAAAAAAAUCUUGCAUUAUGCUUUUGCUACUACUGCUAAUACUCAGACAGUUUCUGAAAGACUAAAAAGGAAAUUCAUUAAACAAUGUUGAUUUAUGUGUACAUUAAACUCUUAUAAGUUGUAUUUACAGUUUAAGUGUAAA